GUGUGUGUGUGUGUGUGAGAUGUGUGUGUGUACACAGAAACGAAGAUGGCGGACGAACUAGACCGAGUUCGAAUUUCAGCUGCGGAGCUGCGAGCUGAAGCGUCGACUUUGACCAACCAUCACGACGAUUGUCACAGAGAGGAGCGAGGAGAGGAGGGACGUGGCCAACGACAGCAGCGUCACCACGGCAACGACCCGUCAAAACGCCCUGACCUGCAGCGCUACACGCCCGGGGCUGGCCAUGGCAACCGUCGCCAUGACAGCGAGGACGGCGGCGUAGUCAUCUCCCCUGGAGACCUGUUAGCCAUGACCUCUGACCCUGAGGUGGAACUGGUGAUGUCACUGCCACAGGAGGAGGAAGAAGGACACAACAUGGCUGCCACUGAGACAGUUUCAACUGAACCUGGAUGUAUAGAUGGAGGGAUGGGGAAAGGAGGAGGAGAGAAAUGUGGAGGAGGUUUUUCUUCAAACCGGGGUGGAUGCUCUCGAGCGCCUGCACAACAGAGGACUCGAAGAGGUGACCACCACACCACCAGAGCAGACAACAACAACAACAGUAGUGCAAAGGGACCGUCAGGCUCAGCUAACCGACCACAGAACUCCAGACAGAGGGAUGAGGUGAGAGGGAAGAACCAGAGGGGUAGAGAGCCAGCAGGGCGUUCCCCUGGCUCUCCCAAGGCCACCAGGAAGACCCGUAAACCUGACCGAGAGAUCUACCAGCCUGGGGGUCGGAGGAGCACCACCACCACCCAGGGGGAAGAGGGAAGAGAGACAGAGAAACCUGCUCCUGGUCCCCCUGAUCCUGUCAGAGAGGAAAGCCAAGCCAGGAGGGAACCAGUCAUAUGGAGAGAGAAAGAGGAAGAUGGCAGAGGGGGUGAAGAGACAGGCAGAAGGCAGGGGAGGAGAGAAACAGGGAAAGCAGCCGUCUCAGACCAUGGAGUAGAGAACCUGACUGGGAAGAUACAGACACUCUGCGUGACUGCCCCACCUGGGAGAGAAGAGGAGGGGAAGAGAGGAGAGGGUGAGGAAGGAGUAGGCAGGAGGAGGAAGGCAAGCGGUGAAGGCAGGAGGAGCAGAGCUGGAGGUGGAGGCAAGGGACGAGUAGGAGGAGGAAAUGAAGGAUGCGAGAAGACUGAGGAGGAGGAGAAGAAGAAGAGAGAGAGGGGAAACCGCAGGAACAGAGGAGGAGGGGAGAAAGGGGAGAAUCAGGACUCCAGGAGAAGAGGAGGAGAGGGUGAGCGAGGGAUGACCGAGAGAGACAGGAGAGUGUCGGAAGAAGAUGGAGAGAGGGAAGCGAACCGUCCUGUAGAUGCACAGCCAGCAAAGGGAAGAGAAAAACAGAGGGAUAGAGAUACUGAGAGAGACAACCAGAGAGGGAACAACAGACCCCAACCUCUACCCUCAGAUAUAAACAGAGAGAAGAAUGUAGAGAUGCAGAGAAACAGAGAUAGGAGUGAGAGAUGCAGGGCUAACACUAACAACCACCACCACUCGUCAUCUUCCUCUAAACACAACUCCAAGUCAAACAUCAGAAGACCCAGGAAUCGCACCUACAGCACCAGUUCUGCCAGCAGUGGCACCAGCCUGGAUGGACUGGGACAAGGGGAUGAUCGGAGGGAGGACAGGGCCCGACGAGACCGACUGGGACACAGGGAGAGAGACGGAGGAGAGGGAGGAGGAGGUCAGCUACCGAACAGGAGGAGAAACACUAGAGACUCCUCAACAGACUCACUGGAGGAGAGGAGGAGAGCUGGAGGAGAGGAGUACUUGAGCCCCCUGUGGAGGAGAGGGGAGGAGGAGAGCAGAGGGGGAAGAGGACACAGAGGAGGAGGGAGAGGAGGGCUCCUGAAAGUGUCUCAGAGCGACAGACAGUCAGGUACCUCCCAUGCCACCUCAGGCCCCAGCGAUGACCCCCAGGGGCGCCUCAGGCAGGGCACUCUGCCUCGUGGUAAGGAGAGGGGCAUUCUCAUCCUCCCCGCCCACACUGACCUCUCCAAUUUGCCUACGGAGCCCGGGCCAAGGCUCCUGUUUGGUGGGAUUCGAGGAGGAAAAGAGGUGGGACUAGGGAGAGGAGGAAGGGGCGGAGGAACAAGGCGGCUCUGGGAUCCGAACAACCCCGACCAGAAACCCGCUCUCCGGCUCUCCCAGCAUGCCUCUCUCCAGCAGCAGCAGCCCAUGUACCUGCAGACGGGUGGUGGUUACGGAGCGCUGCACUUCCUGGAUACGGACGACGAGGCUGCAGGGAGUCCCCCGGUCCGCCAGGGGGAGCACUUCUACCCCCAGCAGGAGGCCGCAGCCAUGGCCCAGGCCUUCUACAAAUACCAGAACUCUGACAACCCUUACCCUUACAAUGCCAACCCUAAUGCACGUUACCCGUACCCCUACCACACUAUGCCUACCACCCCCUACCAGAUGCCCUCUUCCAAUGGCAUUUACCCAGCCCAGUUUUACGGGGAGUAUAGGGGCCAGGGGUACCAGACUGGGGCUGGAGCAGGUCUGACACCAGAGGAGGUGGAGCAGCAGGCCAGGGGAGAGCUGGGGAGACAGCUGAGGGCUGCAGACAGCCAGGAGUUACAACUCAGCAACCUCCUAUCUAGAGACAGACUCAGUGCUGACGGACUGGACCGCAUGGCUCAACUCAGAGCUGACCUGUUGACCCUGUAUGAGCGGGUGAUCCUAACAGACAUAGAGUUCAGUGACAGUCAGAACCUGGACCAGGCUCUAUGGAAGAACGUGUUCUACCAGGUUAUAGAGCACUUCAGACAGCUCCUCAAAGACCCCAGCGGAGACUCAACCCUGCGCAUCACCCCCAUGCUCCUCACUCUGCUGGACGAGGGGACGGUGUUCUUUGAUGCACUGCUGCAGAAGCUUCAGACGGUGUUUCAAUUUAAACUGGAGGAUUACAUGGACGGCAUGGCCAUCAGACCACGGCCACUACGCAAGACGGUGAAGUAUGCUCUGAUCAGUGCCCAGCGGUGUUUGAUCUGUCAGGGGGACAUCGCCCGUUACCGAGAGCAAGCCAGCGACUCGGCUAACUACGGCAAGGCCCGCAGCUGGUACCUGAAGGCCCAGCAGAUUGCUCCUAAGAACGGACGACCUUACAACCAGCUGGCCCUGCUGGCUGUUUACACGAAGAGGAAGUUGGAUGCAGUGUAUUACUACAUGCGUAGCCUUGCUGCCUCCAACCCCAUCCUCACUGCCAAGGAGAGUCUCAUGAGUCUGUUUGAAGAGGCCAAACGCAAGGCGGACCAGAUGGAGCGGAGGAGGAAGCAGGAGUCGGAGGGGGGGUCCAGGGGCCCGGGGGUCCGAGGAGGAGGACGGGGGGAGGAGGGGGCCAGGGUGGAGAUCUGGGUCGGCCCUAUUGGACAGGCAGGGGUUCCAUCAUCACACCGCGGGGGCAGCGAGUCCAGCAGAGACUCUGAACAGGAAGGAGAACUGGGCAACCUCAGCCCUAGUGAUCUCAAUAAGAGGUUUACACUCAGCUUCCUCCACGCUCACGGAAAACUCUUCACUAAAGUGGGCAUGGAGUCGUUCCCUUCGGUGGCCAGUCGGGUUCUCCAGGAGUUCACAGUGCUGCUCCAACACAGCCCCUCCCCUCUGGGCAGCACACGCAUGUUGCAGAUCAUCACCAUUAACAUGUUCACGAUACACAACGCUCAGAGCAGAGGAGGAGACAGUGAGGUGAGAUCUGUGUUACAGGAACAGACUACAGCUCUGGGUCUGGCCAUGUUCUCUCUACUGGUCCAACGCUGCACAGAGCUGCUGAGAGACACACCCGCAGACCUGUGUAAUGCGUUGGCGCGUGUCGACCACGGCGAGGCGCCUCUGUACAAGGCAGACGGGGACGGAGGCGAGGGGGAUGAGGAGCUCCGCCUGCUGCUAUUGGAGGAGGACAGGCUACUGGCGCCGGCUUCGUCCCGCUGCUCGCUGCCCCACAGGAACCCGGCUUACGCGAUAGCUGCAGACUGUAAAAGGGUAACAGUAUUGAAGUAUUUCCUGGAGGCUCUGUGUGGACAGGAAGAACCUCUCCUGGCUUUUAAAGGAGGGAAGUACGUCUCCAUGGCAACCUCUCCCCAACCCGGUCGCCCCGGCGACGCGCGCAGCAGACAGGACUCGCAGACAGAGAGAGAGAGUGAUGACGUCAUCGUGGAGGCGGAGUCGUCUGUGUCGGACGGUGAUGAUGGCAGUGAGGAUGACAUCCGAGAGCUCCGGGCCAGACGCAGCGCCCUCACCAACAAACUGGCUGAGCAGCAGAGACGCAGGGACAAGAUACAGGCGGUGUUACAGACGUGUGGUCAGUUGGAGUUAGAGGUACGUCCUCUUUUCCUGGUCCCUGACACCAAUGGUUUCAUCGACCACCUCACCGGCCUCAAGACACUGCUUCAGUCUGGGACCUACAUUGUGGUGGUGCCCCUCAUAGUGAUAACAGAGUUGGAUGGUCUGGCAAAGGGGCAGGAGAGCUGCGAUGGCUCUGGCAGUGGGCGUGGUGGCAGUGGUUGUCGUGGAAACACCGGUGGUGGUGGCCCGACCCACCACCGGUCAGUCCAGGAGAAGGCUAAGGUUGCCGUGGCGUUUCUGGAGCGAGGGUUCGAGGCCAGGGAGCCCUGUCUCAGAGCGCUGACCAGCAGAGGAAGUCAACUGGAGUCUAUCGCCUUCCGCAGCGAAGACACCUCCGGACAACAGGGAAACAAUGAUGAUGUCAUCUUGUCCUGCUGUCUCCACUACUGCAAAGAUGAGGCUAAAAGCUUGAUGCCUGCACAGACAAACGGUCCGGUGCGUUUGCGUCGGGAGGUGGUUCUCCUGACAGAUGACCGUAACCUGCGGGUCAAAGCCCUGACCAGGAAUGUGCCGGUCAGAGACAUCCCCGCAUUCCUCACCUGGGCCAAAGUGGGCUGAACCGGGUCACACACAGACCACGCCCAGAGCACCCAGACAACCAAUCAACUGCUGAUAACCGCUGGCCACCUCCCACACCACCUUGGAGUGGAGAAGGAGAAUAUACGCUAAUGCAGAAGAGAAGACUGUUGGGGGGAGAGAGACGAAGGAGAAACUCUUUUUUUUUUUUGGUGGAAAAGCUCAAAUGAAAACCAAAAAAAAUGUUAUUUUUUGGGGGGAGGAGUGGAAUGAGUUGAAUUGCCUGAGAGCUUUUUUCUCCUCUCGUUGUGGUGAGGUGUGUGUGUUAAUAACUGCUCCUCUCAGAGGGAAGGAGGAGGGAGGACAGGAGCAGAGAGAGAUGCAGGAAGAACUGUAGGAGAGAGAGAGAGAGGGGAGAAGAGGUGUGUGUUAUUAUCUGGCUUCUCCAUUCCAGCCGUGCGCCCUUCAUAACUUCUGCAGUGUGUUCACAAGGCCAGCAGCAGUAUUUAUCUCUGGAAACGACAGAGCAGAGAAGGAAUAGAGAGAGAGAAAGAGGUUAGGGCUGAGGAGGAAGGCCAUAGCUGAAGACUUAUCUCUGGCUGUGUGAUUUGUCUGUUUAACUGACAUCUUGUCUGUAACCCCAGAGCAGCACAAAGAGAGGCCCUGUAGUGGCAAGGAGGGAGGCUGUGGUGAUGGAUUACCAGGUUCUGGUGUAUUAGAUAGGGGAUUGGUACACCCACCUUAAUCUCCUUGACGCAGAGCCACACGCUCAGCCUCGGAUGGCCAGGAUGUGGUUUGCAUCCCAGUUGCCCAGCAACAGUGUUGGUGAUGUUGGUACCCCCAGCAGCUUGAUGGUGACGGAGUCAUUUCCAAGUUGGGGUUUCUAUAAAGGAGCAGCUUUAAAGAAACGUUUUUAAAAAGAUGAAGAAAAUAGACUUUUUCUGAUUUAGCAUUGUGGAUGUGGCGGUGGUUAAUGUAGAGGCCAUAAUGACAUCACAAUACCCCAUAAUGACAUCACAAUACCCCAUAAUGACAUCACAAUACCCCAUAAUGACAUCACAAUACCCCAUAAUUUUUCUUUUCUUUUUCUGAUUUAGCAUUGUGGAUGUUGCGGUGUGUUUUGUGUCCAUUGUGUGUGUGUGUGUGUGUGUGUGUGCGUACGUGUUUGUGUGUGAUGUUUAUGCUCUACAGAAGAGCUCGUCUUUCUGCUUACAUUUUUUUUCCACCCACAAACCGUUUUGGUUUGUUUUAAGUUUUUUAACAAGUCAAAUAAGAUUUGAAUGUUUUAUUUCAUCAUAAAUGUAGUUUGUUUCUCUUGGGUUUUUACCACCAACAGCUUAACUGUUGUAACUCAACAGCUUGUUCAGCUUCUAUUCAUUAUCUAUCUAUUUUUCUUCACAUUAAGUAUAGAACUCUGCUGAUCUGAGUGAACAUAUCUAGACUGGCUAGAUAUGUUCAGUAACGUGUGUGUGUGUGUGCGUGUGCGUGUGCGUAACAGGAUUUCUUGUUAAUGGUAAUUGGCGGAUUUUUCCCCACUCCCUAAAAAAUAAAACAAGGUAAGGCGAUAAAUACAAUUUGCCUCAGCCAAAUUGUCCGGAAGAAUCUCAUUUGCAAAAGAUUGCUUUUGUUGUUGUUGUUGUUGGAAAUACAUUUAUCCGGUCCUGCUUAUCGGCCUGUAGGUAAAUGUGCAUAAUUAAGUGGAAUUAAAUUGUCGCGUUCCAUCUUCCCACGGCAUACAGAGACCUGAACAUCACCUGUCAGACAGAGCUGCUGCUGCUGAGACUCUGGUUCAGCUCGUUGCUCGACUGAAAAGCACUUUUAUAAGCCCAGCUAUUAUUACGCAACAAUUCUAAAUGUAAUCGCGUGUUAACAGUUUUGAUUGCCACGAUU